ACAAAUCUUCGAAAUUUCAACAAACAACACACAUCUAGCUGGGGUUUUCUUGUUUUCAUGUAUUUCUUAGUUUUGAUUCUCGUAUUUUCGAAGCGGUUUGGGACGGAGAAUAACCAGUGAGGGUGUCAUGGAAUUGGGUGUCUGGAGUGUUUUUGUUGUUGGUUUUGUGUUGCUGUUCUUGGGUUGCAUUGAGGUCGGGUUCUCUCAAAGCGAAGCGUAUGCAAGGAAUUAUAUCAGCUGGGAUGAUUUGGAGGUGGAUGACCAUAAGUUGGGGCUGAACACAAGAGAAGAACACGUUAAUGGAAGCCGGAUCAUUGUGGUCGACAAAAAUGGAGGGGGAAAUUCACUAACAGUUCAAGGAGCAGUUGAUAUGGUUCCGGAACAAAAUACAGAAAGAGUCAAAAUUUACAUUCUUCCUGGAAUUUACAGAGAGAAGGUACUUGUACCGAUUUCGAAGCCAUACAUAUCAUUUAUUGGGAAUCAGAAUCAAACUUCUGAAACUGUGAUUACUUGGAACAACAAGGCAUCCGAUAAGGACGGCAUUGGUUUCGAACUGGGAACUUACAGAACUGCUUCUGUAGCCAUAGAGGCCGAUUACUUUUGCGCAACUGGGAUCACCUUCGAGAACUCAGUGGUUGCAGUGCCUGGAGGAUAUGGAAUGCAAGCAGUGGCUCUUAGAGUUGCCGGUGACAAAGCCAUGUUCUACAGAGUUCGGGUUUUGGGGACGCAGGAUACACUCUUGGACGACACUGGAUCUCACUACUUCUACCGAUGCCACAUUCAAGGAAGUGUGGACUUCAUUUUUGGCAGAUCAAGAUCACUCUACCAGGACUGUGUUAUUCAAUCAACGGCUCAGAACUCGGGAGCAAUAGCGGCUCAUCACAGGGACUCGCCGAAUGAAGACACAGGAUUCUCCUUUGUAAACUGCAAAAUCAUCGGGACUGGCUACAUCUACUUGGGAAGAGCUUGGGGAAAUUACUCGAGAACGGUGUAUUCCUACUGUCAUUUCGAUGAUAUAAUAACUCCGCCGGGGUGGAGCGACUGGAACCACCCAUCCAGGCAGAAGACUGUGGAUUUCGGAGAAUACGAAUGCAGGGGCAGAGGAGCAGAAAGAAGAGGGAGGGUGCCAUGGUUGAAGUCUUUCAGCUUGGAGGAGAUAAGGCCUUUUCUGGAUACAAAUUUUAUAUCUGGAGAGCAGUGGCUUCGAUUAUAAUUUGUUAAUUAUUGUACUAAUUUUUUAUAUCCUCAUU